AUGGCCGCUCCUAUUGUCGCGCUCUUGGAGUCUCUCGGGCAGCCUCGGCGACGCAUCUUUCGGGGCGCAUUUGACGAGCUUACCGAGGAAGAGUUCCGCGAGCACUUCAGGCUCUCGAAGAGCACUGUGCGGUGGCUCUGCGAGCAAUUGGAAGAAGCCAUCGGUGGCCUUCGGACCGGUGGCAUCAUCACGACGCAAAACAAGGUGCAUUGUGCUCUCCGUUUCUUCGCGACGGGGAGCUUCCAAAGAUCCAUCGGCAGCGAAGAAUUCGUAUCCGUGGGGCAGGCUUCCGUGAGCGAGAGCAUUCACGCAGUUGCGGAAGCAAUAACCGUGGUGGGCCGGCAAGAGGGUUGGGUGAGCUUCCCGUUGACCACGGCCGGCAAGGCUAGUGCAAAGGCGGCCUUUGCGGAUCGCGGCCGCAUUCCCGGUGUAGUGGCCUGUGUCGACGGGACGCUCAUAGCUAUCAAACAGCCUGAAGGACUCAGUCCGGGCGCGACUGCGGGCUUCAUGUCAAGAAAAGGGUUCUACGCAUUGAAUACUAUCAUCGGAAGCCAUCCAGGCAUUGACACUCCGCAGGGGCGCUACAACCGGGCCCAUGCCUCCAUGAGGAACGUUGUGGAGAGGGGUAUUGGCGUCUUGAAGGCAAGCUUCCGGUGCCUUCAAAGGUACCGGACCCUCCUUUAUCAGCCCAAGGAUGCAGCCAUAAUUGUGGCAGCCUGCGCCGCUCUCCACAGCAUUGCUUUGAAGGCAGGGGAGCUGGAGCUGCAAGACAGCGAUGAGGAGGCUGAGGACGACCAGCCACCGCAGCAAGGACAGUUGCAACAGGGCUUGCCUGUGUUCAUCACAGGCAAGUCCUGCAUCACACCUGCCAGCAAGAAACGCCCAGGGAGCUGCUCAUGA